AAAUAACGGAGCGCGAGCGUCAAAGGCGGCGGUGAAUUUAAUACAUUUAUUGGCGCGUCCGGUAGUGUCGUCGCAGUGGGGGAGGAGGUCGUGUGCGUAAGGAGUUAAUGAAGAGUGCCAGUCCAAAUUUAAAAUUGACAUAGUGGCCUAUAUUCGUCUUACGUUAUGCAAAGUUUCGAUACGCGUAUUAUCGUGCAUAGCGCAGUAAAGGAUUUUUGCGUCACAGUCGUCGCACUGAUGAUGCACGGAUUGCAUCCAAUCACAGCGAUUGUUUUGUCUCUUCCAUCAGGGUAGUUAGCGCAGUCGUGCUCCUCUACGGCGACGUUAGUCGAACAGGACCGACCACGUACUCUGCUCCUCUACGUCUAUACUCGUCAGUAUCGUGUUGAUAGUGUGGCAGAACGAACAAAACCGGGAGCCCGCUAAUCCAUCCCGGUCUCUAUUUACCUUUAGUUUAGUCGUAGUUCGAGAUCUAUCAUAGAGUUUGUUAUGGAGCCUCAAAACCAGGAGAUUGUAGCUAGUGGUUCCCCGGCUGAAGUUCCAAACGAUCCAGGAAAAAUGUUUAUCGGUGGCCUCAGCUGGCAAACUAGUCCAGGUGAGUUUUCCACGAUAACAGUAAAUCAUCGUCGCGCAAGCGAGUCUAGUCGUCUGGGUCGAUCCCCGUAUUCUUCCAAAUCUAUUAAUGUUAUUAAGCGUAAGCCUUCCCGUUCUCCUCACUUAAUCUAUCGCGGUAAGUGCGUUUCUUUCUUUCCCUUACAAACAAGGAAAUCCAAACCGAAACCGAAAAUAAGAUAA